AUGCAAGGUUCGAUUUACAGCUCGCCAUUCCCAGCGCUGAACCCACGAGUGCGGUAUAAGACUGCUUUGGAAAGAGCAGGCUUUGAUGUGUAUCACAACCGGACCCAGCGCGAAAGAGAGCCUAAUGGGCCUAAUGGGCCAUAUAUGAAUCAAAGACACGUUAGUGAAGGUGGUGGGUCUCCUUUUGGCGUUCAUUCCGAGCCAUCUUUGGCCCCUGCUCAACAAAACAAUCGGAACCGGGCUGUCAGCGCAAGAGAGGCCCAACCGGCCUCAUACAGCUGGAAAACACCCGAUUUGCCGCAUGAGCAUUUUUCAAGCCCACAAUUCCAUGAUUUAGAAAGAACUGGGCUCCCAGGUCGUGAUUUUGCCUCGCAGUCGCGUCUUGCGGAUCAUAAUGACAGAUCAAAAGAAGAUAAUGGCGUUGAUCAAGCUAUGAAUAUGGCCAGCAAUGGUAGCGUUAAAUCUCGAGCAUCGAGGCAGUCCGGAGCUAUCAGACAGCGGGACUCCUCAGUAUUCGAUUUCGAACAUAAAAGAACGUCUGUCGAUCCUGUGGAGAAAAGCUUUUUGCAGUUGACUCAGACUUCCAACGAAAGUGAUCGUUCUUCUCAAGAACGUGGAUUCACACCUUACGAAGUAGACUCUGCCACUUCUGCAGCUGUAAGCGAUGAUGAUUUUGAGGAUGCUCACAGUCAAAGCGUUUCUACCGGUGAGGUUCCAGGAAUGGCCAAAUGGCGCUCAAUUAUGCGUUAUAGUGAAGCCACACACGAACCGGUAAAAGCGGCGAUUCCAGAAGACCACGAGCUUAAUGCUACCCCCAACUCGAAGAGAUUAUCGGAGUCCAGUAUAAGCUUUACUCCAGUCGCCGAAUUGCAUGUUAGACUCUCGCCUCAGAAACCACCUAGCACAGUUCCUGUGAUCAGCGUCACAAACGAAGAUGAAAAGUAUACAUCUUCGUCUCAGUCGGAUGUGGAUGAUCUUGGCAAUACUGAUGAGAGAUCAUUGAAAUCAUUGGAUAUAGAACCGGAGCACUCGCUUAUUUCUCCCGUUCAACAGUCACCACAACAACCACACCAAUCUGAAAAAGAGGCAUUUCAACUUAUCCAAGAAGAAAUCGAAGAAAUGGAAGAUGAUUUUGAUCCCUCCUCAACUCUCAAAUCUUCUCUGCAAGUUGAACGACUGCUUGCACAAUUGGACAACACUUCGACCAACCGUAACCUUGCUGUCGGUAGUCCACGUCCCGAGCUUGGUAGUCGUUUUAAAAAAUCGAGCGCAUACCUUUCUGGCUUUGUUCCGGCCACUGUCAGCACUGAUAUUGACGAUGCAUUGCAACCGAAUCCCAUACUGCAAAAUGAAGCGCGUAGCGAUGAGCUCUCACAGGACAAUGCAUUAAAAUUCGAACCUCAAACGCUACGUGUUAAAACUGAACGUAUCAUUUCACCGCUACAAAACAAUUCUCCACAUGAUCCCGAUGCAUCGCGUGGCACUGAGGUCCUAGAAGACAGUGCUUUGAAAUACAAACCUCAAACUAUAAAUGUUCAAACUGAACGCACCAUUGCUGCGCUUCAAACCGAUUCUCCACAGGACUCUGAUGGAUCGCCAAUGUUUUUCAAGUUUCGUCAAGAUUUAGGUCCUACCAGAAGAGUCUCAAGCGAUGGCGAAGCUGCAGACGCUUACCCUGAUGCCUUGCGCCCUUCAGAAAGACUCGAGCAGUCCCUACAGACGCCCGUUUCGCUCAGGCAGCGUGAUGUAAAUGCCAUCAAGAAAGAAGUGGCUGGAAGUGGAAAUAAAGAUGCAUCAGAUGCCAGCGUCCCCAGGACCGCUGGUGAAACUAAAUUACAUUCUCAUAAAUUUCCGCCCGGUCAAGGUCCUUGUCGAGCCUGCGGUCUGGAAGUGAAGUCAAAAAGCAUCUUUUCAAAGAAGGAAAACGAACUCUCAGGCCAAUGGCAUCGCCCAUGCUUCCGGUGUAUCAAAUGUGAUGUCAAGUUCUCCAAACACGUUCCGUGCUACAUUUUGGAUGACGAUCCUUACUGCCAAUUGCAUUACCACACUGCAAACAACAGCAUCUGCCAGAUAUGCUACAAGUUCAUCGAGGGCGAGUGUCUUGAGAACGAUAGGGAUGAACGAUUCCACGCGGCGUGCCUGAGGUGUUUCCGGUGCCAAGAAUUCAUCCGCGAGGAUUAUUACUUGUUCAACAACGAACUGCCGCUGUGUUACAACCACGACAUUGACGCUCUCAAGCUUGAAGCACUGAGCGAGUUUGGAGACACAACUACUAUUUCCAAGAGAAGAACGCGAAUUGUAAAUUUCAGUUGA